CCUUCCUCCACCUUCCCACUCUGUCCCUCUCUCUCUCUCUCUCGCACCACUUCUCUGUCUCUGUCUCCGUCUCCCUCGUGCUCUCGCCACGCACCUCUCCUAAUCGGAUCAACCGGACCUGGCGUCCCAGGCCGAUCCGUGAAAUCUCGCCGCCCGGUGGAGGCGUGACCUGACUAGAGAACCAGAUAUUCGUAAAAGGCAUGGCACAUGAUGAAACUGUGGCUACCCAGAAAACUGGAAAAACAGCCUCACCUCCCAAGGACCAACCAGCUGCUUAUCCAUAUCCCGAUUGGGCGACCAUGCAGGCAUACUAUGGCCCUGGUGUGUUGCCGCCAACAUAUUUUGCUCCAGCAAUAGGUCCAGGUCAUGCACCGCCAUAUAUGUGGGGUCCUCAGCCUAUAAUGCCACCCCCUUUCGGGACACCGUAUGCUGCAAUGUACCCACAUAGUGGAGCAUACCCGCAUCCCAUUGUGCCCAUGAUGUCAAAUCCAUUGAGUGUGGAGCCAGCAGACAGUAAGGAUAAAAGUUUCAAUAAGAAACUUAAGGAAAUGGAUGGGAAUGCAGUAUCUGCUGGCAGUGGUAACAGCAAAAAAACAGUGUCAUCCAGUGAAGAUUACAGUGCAGAGGGCUCCAGCGAUAUAAAUGACCAGAAGGUGAGAAAAACUCCCAGGAAACGGAGCUCAGAUGAUGGACCUGGUGCAGAAACAACUGCAGCUGCAAACAUGGAAGGUGUUAUAGUUCCUAACCAUACGCUUGGAAAUACAGCCAUUUUGCCGCAUCACUGCUUUCCAGCUCCAGUAAUUAAGCCCAGUGCUACAAAUGUUGCUAAUUCAAGGGCAAUGGGAGCAACUAUAUCUCCACCUGGUGUGAUGGUUCCAACUCAUACUGGAGUACCAGCUGACUUAUCAAUCAAGGAUGAGAGGGAAUUUAAGCGUGAAAAGAGGAAGCAAUCAAAUAGGGAGUCUGCUAGACGGUCAAGGCUGAGAAAACAGGCUGAAGCAGAGGAGCUGGCGAUACAAGUGGAAUCACUUACAGCCGAGAACACAUCCCUUAGAUCGGAGAUCAGCAGGCUAACAGAUAGCUCCGAGAAGCUCAGAUUAGAGAACUCCGCCCUAAUGGUGAAACUGAAGGACACUGCAGCACUGACCUCUGCAGAAUCGUCUGUGGACAAAGCAGCUACAUCCUCUUCCUCUCCCUGUGCCGUGGAGAACUUCUUGUCCAUGAUCGACAGCACAAACACAUCGGGUGUCAGUCGCCACACGGAGCACGGCGAGCCCAAGCUCCGGCAGCUCCUGGACUCUAGCUCGGCGACUGAUGUUGCUGCUGUAACCUGAUGCUGAUCCGCCUUUAUUUCCCCUGGCACAGAGGGGCUGGUACCAGCAUGUGGCCUGGGGGAUUUUGCAAGCUCAUGCUGCUCACAUAACAUCAGCGUAACAGUGUAGGCUUUGAUUCCACUAUACUUGAGAACACAAGUAAUUUAUCUACUCUAGUGCCGGUUUCCGGCCACUUCUCCCUGUCUCUGGCACUGGCAGGGAUGCCUGAUGUACCAUGAAUGAUUUUCUUCCCAGUUUUAGCAGUGUUGUAACAUAGGGUGUUGUGCUACAUGCCAACCUUAAAAAAACUUCGAGAUCUUCGAAAAAUCUCGGUGCAAUAACCAAUACAAAAUGAAGUUUGUACAAGAA